UGUGAUUUAAUUGAAAUACCAUAUGAUGAAGAUGUAGAUAUGGGUUUGUUGGAUAAUGGCCCAAUAUUUUACUAUGUACUAUUGGUUAUAGACUGCACGACUAGAUAUAAAGAUUUCGUUUUUUUAACAUCAAAAAGUAGUGAAAAAGUCACAGAAGCAUUUAAGAGUAUAUAUAAUAAUCCUGACAAUCCUCUUAACUGGGCUCGGCUAUUGCAAUGUGACGAAGGUCGUAAGUUUAUGGAAAGCGUGACAUUGAUAAUGGAUAAACACAAUGUUAACAUCCGAAGAACUAAAGUACGUUUCAGGCAUACAAGCUUGGCUAUAGUUGAUUAUUAUGCCAGAUUAUUCGAAUUAAGAGUUUUUAAAAAUCAAUAUGCGAUAGAGUUUCUCUUAUCUACUGGCGAACGCUAUAAAGAAUGUGAAUGA